AUUCUAUUGCCAGUUUUAUAAAAGGUGUAAAUUUUAAAGGAAUUCAAAAAUGAGAAUAAAUUUGUUUAUAGCAAUUUUGUCACUUUUCCUGGUCGUUCAAGUGGUCAGUACUGAAAGCAUCACAUUUGCUUCUAUAGUGAAAAAACUGUACGGUCAAUCAAAAAGUCUGAAAUCAAAGUUCGAUUUUAUGUUAAAAAUCACCAAAGAUAUCGAUGCUAUUAAGAAAAAACUGGAAAAAAUGCCAAGAAAAGCAUUUUUGGAGCACAAUACCAGCGAAUAUAUCUUAAAGCAUGUACCGGAAGAUUUACAAAUUAACGGAACAGACGCACGCCAAGUUUUGCGUGAAAAAAUUGACGCCAUUAAUGAAGGAGAAACAAUAUCAAUUAAAGAGAUAGAUGAUCAAAUAUGCACGAGAAUAACAUUCAAAUCAAAAGGUAUAUUAGACGAAGCCAUUGAAAAGUCGUACAAGAAUUGGGCCAAGAAUCCAGUUGAUGCACAUCAUUUGAAACAAAUCAAUCUUGACUAUCCGACCAUGAAAUCGAAAUUCGACAAUUGGCAGAAAACAUUUAUCGAUGAGAUGAAAGCAGCAGAUGUAUUAAGAGAUGAGAUUAAAGCUUAUUUCAACGGAGCCAACUCCAUAUUUAAGACCUUAUUAAAUGAACCUCAUAACGCAUCGGAAACUGCAGAAAAAUACGUUGACGGUAUAUUGGAUGGAAUACUUGUUAGACAUUAUCGACUGAUUAAAAAGCUUGAAAGCGCGGCAGAUGUUUUACAGAAGUACAAUAAUGAACGCGUCAUAUGGACUGAGUUUAUUAUUGGCAUGCGUGCAAAACUUGAAUCAGAUCCAAAACCAGUUGAAUUAAAACAAAAAAAGAAGAAGUAAACAACGAUUUGUUCAAAAUUAAUACAUAACAAUUAAUAAAAAGAGCAAGAAAAAAAAUUUUGAUUGUU